GUCUCUUUACUCUCCCUCUCUUUGAAAUUUCUCAUCCUCUAAAAAGACCCAUUACUGAGAACCAAAAUUGAAAAACUACUCUGCAUGGAAACUUGCCGGGAAAUCAAGAUCCGCUUACCGUCGGCGGAUUUUCCCGGGUAAAUGCAAGGGACAAGGAAGAACCGUGGUUCACUUCAAACUCCACGAGAUGAUGAUGAUGAUGGUGCUGACAACAUCGAAGAGAAGAAGAAGCAGAAUCUUGUAGUGAAGUCCCCCAGGAAACUUUCGGAAGUUGAUAAAUUAUAUCCCGGCUUGUAUUUAUUUUUUCAUCGAGGUCCCUGCAAUGUCUGCCGCCACCACCAACACCGCCUCGGCGGUAGUGGACCCUGUCUCCGCCGACGAGGUGACAGCCAAGGCCGUGCACAAGCGGUACGAGGGCCUGGCGAUGGUUAGGACCAAGGCCAUAAAGGGAAAGGGAGCGUGGUACUGGGCCUACUUAGAGCCCAUGUUGGUCCACAACACUGACACGGGCCUCGCCAAAGCGGUCAAGCUCCGGUGUUCCCUUUGCGACGCAGUGUUCUCCGCCUCUAACCCGUCGCGCACCGCCUCCGAGCACCUCAAGCGCGGCACAUGCCCCAACUACAACCCCCACGCAAAACCCAUUUCCUCUAUCUCUCCAUCGCCACCACCGCAAUCAACAGUAGCAACUCCUAGUAAUCGCAAACGGAGCUCUUCUUCUGUUACCGUCAGUGGUACCGGUGGCGUUCUUCCUGGUUCCGCCUCUGCCUCUGGGGUUUCAGGUUGUUCUUAUCAGGUCACACCUCUCGCUAUUGUUGAUCCUUCCAGAUUUUGCGCUGACUUGUCUUACCCGCCAGCUGCGGCCACGGUGGUAACGGCGAGUGCAGGGACUUUGGUGCAGCAUCAGCAGCAUUUGGUACUGUCCGGAGGGAAGGAAGACUUAGGAGCUUUGGCAAUGUUGGAGGAUAGUGUAAAGAAGCUAAAAAGCCCCAAAACUUCACCUGGACCAACAUUGAGCAAGUCGCAGGUUGAGUGUGCCUUCGAUUUUCUUGCUGAUUGGGUCUACGAGUCUUGUGGGGCGGUUUCAUUUUCGAGUCUAGAGCAUCCAAAGUUUCGAGCUUUCCUUAAUCAAGUCGGUUUGCCACCAGUUUCAAAGAGGGAGUUCACCGGGAGUAGAUUAGAUAUCAAGUACGAGGAAGUGAAGGCGGAAUCGGAGGCGAGGAUUAGGGACGCCAUGUUCUUUCAAAUUUCGUCUGAUGGGUGGAGGGUCCAGAGCCCUGGAACGGUUGAACAGUGUUUAGUGAAUCUGACGGUGAAUUUGCCUAACGGGACUAGUCUGUAUAGGAGGGCCGUGUUCCUCGGUGGUUCUGUUCCUUCAAAGUAUGCAGAGGAGGUCUUCUGGGAGACCAUAACGGGGAUUUGUGGGAAUGCUGUACAGCAAUGUGUAGGGAUCGUGGCCGAUAAGUUUAAGGCCAAGGCAUUGAGGAAUUUGGAGAAUCAGCAUCAUUGGAUGGUUAAUCUUUCUUGUCAAUUUCAGGGGUUUAAUAAUUUAAUAAAGGACUUCAGCAAGGAGCUUCCUUUGUUCAAGACUGCCACUGAGAAUGCCAUAAAGCUGGCAAAUUUCGUGAAUAACACGACUCAAAUUCGAACCAGCUUCAAUAAGUAUCAGUUGCAGGAGGGUGGGAGUGCAAGGUUAUUGCGAGUGCCCUUGCAUGGUCAGGAAAGCUGGAACUGGGAACCUCUUUAUGCAAUGAUGGAGGAUAUAUUUCACUCGGCUCGGGCACUUCAGCUGGUGUUUGAUGAGACGUAUAAGGUGGCGUCUUUGGAGGACCCAGCCGCAAGGGAGAUUUCAGAGAUGACUCGAGAUGUGGGGUUUUGGAAUGAAUUAGAGGCAGUGCUCUCCUUAGUUAAACUGAUCAAGGAUAUGGCUAGAGAGAUUGAGACAGAAAGGCCAUUAGUUGGGCAAUGUCUGCCUCUCUGGGAUGAGCUUAGGGCCAAAGUCAGAGAUUGGUGUUCAAAAUUUAACAUUGCAGAAGGUCCAGUGGAGAAGGUAAUUGAGAGGCGGUUCCAGAAGAAUUACCACCCAGCUUGGGCUGCUGCUUUCAUACUCGAUCCCCUUUAUUUGAUUAGAGAUACAUGUGGGAAAUACCUUCCACCAUUCAAAUGUUUGACAACCGAGCAAGAAAAGGACGUUGACAAACUCAUAACCAGGCUUGUGUCCAGGGAAGAGGCUCAUAUUGCAUUAAUGGAACUUAUGAAAUGGAGGACAGAAGGGCUGGAUCCUGUAUAUGCACGAGCUGUUCAAAUGAGGGAGAGAGAUCCAAUCACUGGAAAGAUGAGAAUUGCCAAUCCCCAGAGCAGUAGGCUUGUGUGGGAAACUUAUCUUUCUGAGUUCAAGUCCUUAGGGAAAGUUGCAGUUAGGCUUAUUUUCCUCCAUGCAACCUCAUGUGGAUUCAAAUGCAACUGGUCUUUGUUGAGAUGGGUGGGUGGCCACAGGCACACCAGAGUAGGCAUGGACAGGGCUCAAAAGUUGAUUUUCAUUGCAGCUCAUUCCAAGCUGGAGCGCCGGGACUUCUCCAGUGAUGAGGAGAAGGAUGCAGAGUUGUUCGCAUUGGCAAACGGUGAGGAUGACGUGCUAAAUGAGGUUCUUGUUGAAACAUCCUCUAUGUAACAUUUUCUUUUCUAUUGUUUGUUACUUGUUUAGAAAUUUAAAAAUUGUAGGAUUUAUUGAAUUCUUUUUUUAUUACUUCUCCUCAUCCAUUUUGUACUAGCUUAUUUACUCUUUUAGAAGAUUUUGAGACAGAAAAAGACAUUGAAUUGGGAUUUUAUAUUGUAUUCCUACCACUGAGCACCACCCUUCAAGCAUUCACACAUCUUUUACCAAGCAUUACUUUGGACUUUUUGGAUUCAGAAAAGAAAUCUUAUUUCUUUCAUGUGAGAAAAGAGAUUAUCUUUUUUAUUUUAAAGAUAGAAAAUGCUGCCUGAGUAGAACUACUAGAACCAGAUGAAAACUGUAGAAUUUCUGUUCCUCUUAAGUUUUCUGAUAAAUGACAGCGGAUGUUUAGGGGGGAGGUUUUGUUGUUUCUCCAUCAUUUCUUGUGUGUUGUACAAAGUAGCAAAUGAAUUAACACGAAGUUUUUCUGCCACCAGUCAUUCUUAUGAUUUUUUUUUUCUUGUAUUCUAGCACUAUCCUGUUCUCUCUCUGCAUUCACCUAACUUGUUCUUAAAAAUAUUUUUGUAUGUAUGUUUUUCUGUGUACUGGCUUACUUUACUUUUUUUUCUUUUUUUUUUAACUUGGUGUUCAUUAGUCCUUGUUUAAAGACUUAAUCUGCUAUUCUUUCCAUUCUUAGGAAUCUGAAAGGCAAGUUAUCUGGCAGUUCAGUUCGCCAUCAUAGUGUUCUUGAUGAGGCAAUAAGAAAGUGACUUUUCUUUCUGAAAAAGUGUCAAAUUUUCACCUGUUCCAUUAAAAAGUCCGGCUGACC